AUGGCGGGAGGCUCAGACCCCAGAUCAAAGGAUCUCCCAAAACAAAACAAAAAAGAAAGAAAUUAUCUUUCUAUUCUUAUUUUAAAUCUAUUCUUUCUUUCUUUCUUUCUUAAUAUUUUCCCUUCCUUUCUUAUUUUUAAUAUUAUCCAUUCUUUUUUAAUAUUUCCUUUUCUUUCUUUCUUUCUUUCUUUCUUUCUUUCUUUCUUUCUUUCUUUCUUAAUAUUUUCCCUUCCAUUCUUAUUUUUAAUAUUAUCCAUUCUUCGUAAUAUUUUCCCAUUCUUUCUUUCUUUCUUUCUUUCUUUCUUUCUUUCUUUCUUUCUUUCUUUCUUUCUUUCUUUCUUUCACAAUAUUAUUCUUUCUUUCUUUCUUUCUUUCACAUUCUUUCUUUCUUUUUCUUUCUUUCUUUCUUUCUUUCUUUCUUUCUUUCUUUCUUUACUAGGUUUGCUUGCCUUGAAUUGGCAGCCAGUAUUGCAGAGAGAAAUUCAGGAUUCCAAAACAGCCUGA